GAAAGGUUCUUCCCAUUUGGAGAGAGGCUUUUUCCCUCGCAGGACAUCAGCUGGCGGAGCUUCCAGGAGCCACACAGAGAAGACACGGCUCCAGCCGCACUCAUUUUUCCAGAGGGGGAGGCUUUUAGUCACAGGCUGCGCUCAAACACUGCUCUGUUCACUUUCCUGGGAGGCGGUCAAAUAGAGUGAUUGAUGUUCUGCUGACCCCUAAAGACCAAACAUGAAGAUAGGGCUGUCACUGGCCACAGCUGCCUUGUUUGCAGCCUUGUUAUCCUCCAUAGAUGCUCAAGUGGAACCUCCCUCAGACUUGAAAUUUAAAAUUCUAAAUGAGAACACAGUGGAAAUGUCAUGGACAAGACCCUCAACAACGAUUGAGGGCUUCAGAAUACAAGUUGUGUCGGACGCAGAUGAACCAUCUAGAGAAUUUGCUCUUGAUGCCUAUGCCACUACAACCUCAAUUACUGACCUGACCCCAGACUUGGACUAUUCAGUGUCCAUUAAUUCUUACUAUGGGUCAGAGGAGAGCAUUCCCAUCUUUGGGCAACUGACCAUCCAGUCCAGUAACACCAGCACAAGAGUCAGGAGGCCACAGUCAGAUGCAAUCAAGUGUUCCGUCAGUGCAAUAGCAGAUCUGGUUUUUCUGGUGGACGGUUCCUGGAGUGUGGGCAGAGAAAACUUUAAGCACAUCCGCAGCUUUAUCGGCUCCCUGGCCGGGGCUUUUGACAUUGGCGCCGACAAGACCCGGGUAGCUGUGGUUCAGUACAGCACAGACACGCGCACAGAGUUCCCACUCACCCGCUACAGCAGGAGAGGAGACCUGCUCCAAGCCAUCAGCUCCCUGCCAUACAAGGGAGGAAAUACCAUGACAGGCGACGCCAUAGAUUACCUGUUGAAUAACAUCUUCACGGAGGCGGGUGGAUCCAGGAAAGCUUUCCCAAAGGUAGCCAUGAUUAUCACUGAUGGAAAAUCCCAGGACCCAGUGGAGGAGCAUGCUAAAAGACUUAGGAACAUCGGAGUGGAAAUAUUUGUCCUAGGUAUCAAAGGAGCAGAUGAGGACGAGCUCAGGGAAAUUGCCUCCACACCUCACAACAAACACGUGUACAAUGUUCCCAACUUUGACAUGAUCCAAGAGGUGCAGAAAAAGAUCAUCAGAGAGGUGUGCUCCGGUGUUGAUGACCAGCUCAGCUCUCUGGUCAGCGGCGAAGAAAUGGUUGAGCCGGCCUCUAACCUGCAGGUCACAGAAAUUGCAUCAAAGUCAAUGAGAGUGACAUGGGAUCCUUCCCUGGGUGACAUUACAGGCUACAAGCUCACACUCAUGCCCAUGCUGCCUGGCAUGAAACGCCAAGAGCUGUACAUAGGGCCCACUCAGACAUCCAUCAAUGUCCGUGACCUUUCCCCUGAGACCGAGUAUGAGAUCAGCUUGUUUGCUCUCAAAGGUCUGAAUCCAAGUGAAGCCAUCCUGGCAAUGGAGAAAACCCAGCCUGUCAAGGUGACAACAGAGUGCUCCCUGGGCGUAGAUGUGCAGGCUGAUGUGGUGCUCCUUGUUGACGGCUCAUACAGCAUUGGAUUACAAAACUUUGCCAAAGUGCGUGCCUUCUUGGAGGUUCUUGUCAACUCUUUUGACAUUGGCCACGGCAAGGUGCAGCUUAGCUUGGUCCAGUACAGUCGCGAUCCACACACCGAGUUUGCUCUCAACACCCACCACGACAUCAACGCUGUCGUCAAGGCUGUGCGCACCUUCCCCUACCGCGGAGGCUCCACUAACACUGGCAGAGCCAUGACCUACGUCAGGGAAAAAAUCUUCAUUCCUGCUCGUGGAGCGAGACUAAAUGUUCCCCGCGUCAUGGUCCUGAUCACUGACGGAAAGUCGUCAGACUCUUUCAAGGACGCAGCCACCAGACUGAGGAAUAUUGAUGUGGAGAUCUUUGCCGUCGGUGUGAAAGACGCAGUCAGGUCCGAGUUGGAGGCCAUCGCUAAUCCCCCGUCAGACACUCAUGUCUACGAGGUGGAGGAUUUCGAUGCCUUCCAGAGGAUUUCCAAGGAGCUGACUCAGUCCAUCUGUCUGAGGAUUGAACAGGAACUUCUCAAUAUUAUGAAGAAAAGUCUGCUUCCACCCAGAGACUUGGGGUUCUCCGAAAUUACCUCGAGAAGCUUCCGUACCACAUGGGUGCACCCUACUACCCAAGUCCUGUCUUACCUGGUGCGUUUCCGUAAAGCUGAGGACAUCACCGGAGACUACAUCACCAUGGCGGUGCCGGCUGAGACCACCACAGUCAUUCUGCCCCACCUUUAUCCCCUCACUGCCUAUGAAGUCAAUGUCUUUGCUCAGUAUGACAGAGGAGACAGUUUCCCUUUGAGUGGUGAAGAAACCACCCUUGAAGAGCAAGGAACGGUACGGAACCUACAUGUAACAGAGGAGACCGUUGACAGUUUCAGGGUGUCUUGGGAAUCUGCACCGGGUUCGGUGAUAAGAUAUCACCUGUCCUACUUUCCAAAAGGCGAUGCUGGAAACAUUCUGCAGGCACAGACGGUUGGACCAGAAACCACCAUAGUCCUCCAGGGGCUUUCCUCCAUUACUACCUACUCUGUGUCUGUGUCUGCUGAGUAUGUCACCGGCUUAGGGGAUAAGAUGCAGACCACUGGAACCACCAAGGAAGUCCGUGGCUCCCCCCGUGAUCUCCGUGUCUUUAACGAGACAAUAUCCACAAUGAAAGUGUCAUGGCAGGCCGCUCCAGGAAAUGUGCUCCAGUACCGCAUCGCCUUCAAACCUGCCGAGGGCGGCGACAGGAAAGAGAUCUCUGUCAAAGGAGAUACUACCCAGGCCGUGCUGAAGAAUCUCCAACCAGCCACUGAAUAUGAGCUGUUUGUCAGCGCUCGCUACACCUCUGGUCUGGGAGAUCCUCUUCUGGGCACUGGAACCACCUUAGAAGAGCUUGGUUCGCCCAGAGACUUGGUGACCAGUGACGUCACGGACACCAGUUUCGCUGCGUCCUGGACGGCGGCCCCUGGUAACGUCCGUCAGUACCGGAUCAGGUGGAAGUCUCUGUUCACCGAGGAGGCCGGCGAGAAGACGAUACAGGGAGACACCACUACCACGGUCCUGGAGGGUCUCACCCCAGAAACACGCUAUCAGGUGUCUGUGUUUGCUGGCUAUGGCCGUGGAGAGGGCCAGCCACUGGUCGGGGAGGAAACCACAGAUGUCUCCGCCGCUGGCAGAGCGAUUGUAGUCACAGAGGAAACGGAGAAGACCAUGAAAGUGACAUGGCAAGCGGCGCCUGGAAAUGUGCUCAACUACCGCGUCACGUACAAGCCCCAGGUCGGAGGGCGGCAGCUAGCGGCGAAGGUUCCCGGAGGCACGACGACCACAGUGCUGCGACGCCUCACUCCCAUCACCACCUACGACAUCGUUGUCAUGCCAGUGUACCGCUUUGGGGAGGGCAGAGCAAGGCAAGGAGACGGAACAACACUGUCACCGUACAAAGCUCCCAGGAACCUGCAAACGUCUGAGCCUGCAAAGACCAGCUUCCGUGUAACGUGGGACCACGCUCCUGGUGAUGUCAGGGGCUACAAAGUCACUUUCCACCCUGUAGGGGAAGACAUUGACCUGGGUGAACUUCUCGUUGGCCCCUAUGACAAUACGGUGGUGCUAGAGGAGCUCAGAGCUGGUACCAAAUACUCAGUGAAUGUAUCCGGCGUGUUUGAGGGAGGAGAGAGUAUGCCUUUAGCUGGCGAGGAGAAAACCACACUUAGUGAUGAACCUGAGCCUCCCCCCUAUAACCCAACAGAUGUGAAGUGUAAGACCAACGCACAAGCUGACAUUGUGCUGCUGGUGGACGGCUCGUGGAGUAUCGGACGUCUGAACUUCAAGACCAUCCGUGCCUUCAUCGCCCGCAUGGUGGGAGUGUUUGACAUCAGUCCUGAAAGGGUCCAAAUUGGUCUCGCUCAGUACAGUGGAGACCCCAAGACUGAAUGGCACUUAGAUGCCCAUAGAACCCGAGAGUCGCUCCUGGAAGCCGUGUCUAACCUGCCCUACAAAGGAGGAAACACCUUGACUGGUCUGGCUUUGAACUACAUCCUCCAGAACAACUUCAAAGAGAACGUGGGUAUGCGACCCAAUGCUCGGAGGAUCGGCGUCUUGAUCACUGACGGCAAAUCCCAGGACGAUGUCAAUGUCAACUCUCAGAGCUUGCGCGAUAUGGGCAUCGAGCUGUAUGCCAUCGGUGUGAAGAACGCUGAUGAGAACGAGUUGAGGUCCAUCGCUUCCGAUCCGGAUGAUAUUCACAUGUACAACGUGGCGGACUUCUCGUUCCUGUACGACAUCGUGGACAGGCUGACCGACAACCUCUGUAACAGUGUCAAGGGACCAGGAGGUGGUGCACCUGAUGCUCCCACUGACCUGGUGACAUCGGAGGUGACGCACCACUCCUUCAGAGCCACCUGGACUGCUCCCGAUGGCCCGGUGGAGAAGUACCGUGUGGAGUACAUGACUGUGUCCGGACAACCACAACAGGUGUUUGUGGACGGCAGUGAGACCACCGUGGUCCUCCAGCAACUCAACCACCUGACAGAGUACCUGGUCAACGUCUACGCCGUGGUGGGAGAAGAGAGCAGUGAGCCUCUUAAAGGAACCGAGACCACAUUGCCCCUGAGCGCUGUGAGGAGGAUGGACAUUUACGAUGAACAGGUCACCACUAUGCGGGUGAGAUGGGAGGAGGCACCGGGCGCCACGGGCUACAUGCUGCUCUACAGCGCCGUCAAUGCCACGGAGCCCAGCCUUGAGCAGGAGCUCAGAGUGCGAGGAGACACCACUGACGUCCAGCUGGUGAGGCUGCUCCCCAACACGGCCUACACGCUGUCCCUGUUCGCCCUGCACGGAGAAUCCGCCAGCGAACCACUGACCAAGCAGGGAGUCACUCUGCCUCAACCGCCCGCUGGCGAACUGAGGGUUCGCGACGUCACCCACAGCACCAUGUGGCUUUACUGGGACGCCGCUCCAGGUCCUGUACGCAAAUACAUCGUCACCUACCAGCCUGAGGAUGGAGAGCCCAAGGAGCUGGAAGUUGGAGGAGAUGUGACCACGAAACAACUGGACAACCUGAUUUCACAGACUGAGUACGCUUUGACUGUCACUCCAGUCUAUGAUGAGGGACCUGGACAGACAAUGCUGGGAGACGCAGUCACCGAUGUGGUUCCUGCCCCGAAGAACCUGCGAUUUUCUGAAGUGACCCAGACGAGCUUCAGAGCGACCUGGGAGCACGGAGCCCCUGAUGUGGCCCUGUACCGCAUUGGCUGGUCAAAGAAGGGAGAGGCCGACCCUCAGUUUGCCAUCCUGAACAACGACGAGACGACCCACGUCCUGGAGAACCUGGAGCCAGACACCCCCUACGACGUGUCCGUCACUGCAAUUUAUCCAGACGAGUCAGAGAGCGAGGAUCUGAUGGGCACGGAGAAAACAUUGCCCAAGCAGGCUGGUGGCCCAUUACCCAACGCGCCUCCCACCAACCUGGUUGUGUUCAACGAAACCACCACCACUCUGAACGCCAGGUGGAAUCCAGCUGCGGGCCGGGUCCAGAACUACAGGAUCACUUAUGUCCCCACAUCUGGAGGCAGGAGCCAGACAACCCAAGUUGGAGGGAAGAAGACCACUGUUCUGCUUCCCAAACUGACCCCUGACACUGAAUACUCCAUCAGCGUGGUGGCUGUCUAUGCGCGAGGAGUCAGCGGCGAGCUUAACGGCCCUGGAAAGACCAAGCCACUGGGUGGUGUCAGGAACCUGCAGGUUACUGAUCCCACCACCAGCACCCUGAGAGUCCAGUGGGAGCCUGCUGAGGGCAACGUCCGCCAGUACAGGAUCUUCUAUGUUCCUGAAGCUGGAGGAGAAGAGGAGAUGGUGCAGGUCUCAGGUAGCACUUACAACACCGUGCUGAAGAGUCUGCAGUCCGACACGGUCUACAGAGUAACCGUGGUUCCCGUCUACUCCGCCGGCGAGGGACAGCGCAUGUCUGAGAACGGCAAAACAUUGGAGCGCAGCCCCGUCAGGAACAUCCAGGUUUUCAACCCCACGACGAACACUCUGAACGUUCGCUGGGAGGCCGCCACGGGACCGGUCCAGCAGUACCGGGUCAUCUAUGCACCUCUGACUGGAGCCAGACCCUCGGAGUCGGUCGUGGUACCAGGAACCUCCACCACGGCGUUGCUGGAGCAGCUUAUCCCAGAGACCGAGUACAACGUCGGAGUUGUCGCCCUGUACAGCGAUGGCGAAGGACCCGCAAUCAGCGACGUUGGAAAGACAUUGCCCCGAAGUGGCCCAAGGAACAUGCGCGUGUACGACCCCAGCACGACGACGCUCUCCGUGAGCUGGGAACACGCCGACGGUCCUGUCAUGCAGUACCGCAUCACCUAUGCCCCAACUGUCGGAGACCCCAUAGAGGAAUAUACAACAGUACCAGGAAACAGGAACAAUGUGAUCCUGCAGAACCUGGAUCCAGACACGCCUUAUAACAUCAAGGUGACGUCGAUCUAUUCCGAUGGACCAGGAGGAGAACUGGAGGGAGAUGGACGCACAGUCGGCAUGCUCGGCCCCAGGAACCUCCGUGUGUCUGAUGAGUGGUACACCCGCUUCAGGGUGGCCUGGGACCCUGCACCCUCUAGGGUGUCAGGAUACAAGCUUAUCUAUCAGCCAGAGGGCUCUGAUGAGUCCAUGGAGGCGCUCGUGGGAGACGUGACCACCCAUCAGCUGCACAACCUGAAACCUGGAACCACCUACGACGUCAAGGUGUUGGCACAGUACAACACGGGCUUCAGUGAACCUUUGAUUGGACAAGGCACCACAUUGUACCUGAAUGUGACAGACUUGACCACCUACAAAGUCAGCUACGACUCCUUCUGCCUGCAGUGGUCCCCUCACAGAGCAGCCACCUCCUACAGGCUUAAAGUCAAUCCUUUUGACCCCUCCAAGAGAGGAGCUCAAGAGGUGACUGUCAGAGGCUCAGAGAGCACCUACUGUUUCGAUGGCUUGACCCCUGACACCCUCUACAAUGCCACGGUGUACACCCAGACACCCAACAUGGAGGGACCUGGUGUGAGCGUCAAGGAGAGGACAUUGGUUAAACCCACAGAGAGACCAACUGAGCCUCCGACCCCACCGACCCCGGCCACAGUCCCCCCUGCACUAGAUGUGUGCAGAGGUGCCAAAGCGGACCUGGUCUUCCUCAUCGAUGGUUCCUGGAGUAUCGGAGACGAGAGCUUCAACAAGGUCAUCCAGUUUGUCAUGAGCAUGACCGGGGCCUUCGAUGUCAUCAGCCCUAAGGGCAUGCAGGCCGCGUUUGUGCAGUUCAGUGAUGACGCCAAGACAGAGUUCAAACUGAACACGUACCAUGAUAAGGGCAUCGUGCUGUCCGCUUUGCAGAACGUCCGCUACAGAGGAGGAAACACAAAGACAGGCAUUGCCCUGAAGCACGUCUAUGAGAAGGUGUUCACCUCAGACAGCGGCAUGAGGAGGAACGUCCCCAAGGUUCUGGUGGUGGUCACGGACGGACGCUCCCAGGACGACGUGAAGAAGAGCGCAGAGAAACUGCAGCAUGCAGGCUACAGCGUGUUUGUGGUCGGAGUGGCUGACGUUGACAUGUCAGAGCUGAGACUUAUCGGCAGUAAGCCCAGUGAGAGACAUGUAUUCGUGGUCGACGACUACGACGCCUUUGCCAAGAUUCAGGACAACCUGAUCACCUUUAUCUGUGAAACGGCCACCUCCACUUGUCCCCUGAUCUACAUCAAUGGAUUCACCACACCUGGUUUCAGGAUGCUGGAAGCUUUCAACAUCACAGACCGGACGUUUGCAGCCAUGAAAGGUGUGUCCAUGGAGCCAGGCUCCUUCAACAGCUACAUUGCCUACAGGCUGCACAAGGACUCCUUCGUGAACCAGCCCACCAAGGAGAUACAUCCGGAUGGUCUCCCCCCGUCUUACACCAUCAUCCUGCUCUUCCGCCUGCUGCCCGACACCAUGUCGGAGCCUUUCGAUAUCUGGCAGAUUGCAGACAAAAACAACAACCCCGAGGUUGGGCUCACCGUCAACCCUUCAAGCAAAACAAUUUCAUUCUACAACAAGGACACCCGAGGAGAAAUCCAGAAAGCGACGUUCAACGAGGAGCAAGUCAAGCAGGUUUUCCACGGAAGCUUCCACAAGCUCCACAUUACCGUCUCGCCAGAGAAAGUCAAGCUCAACGUGGAUUGCCAAGAGGUGGCGGAGAAACCAAUCAAGGAGGCCAACAAUAUCACACUCGACGGCUAUGAAGUGCUUGGCAAAUUGGUGAAGUCUGGAGGUGGAAGGAGGCAGUCUGCGACUUUCCAGCUCCAGAUGUUUGACAUUAUCUGCAGCUUAAGCUGGAUCAGCCGAGACAAAUGCUGCGACCUGCCUUCAACAAGAGACGAGGCCAAGUGUCCGUCCCUUCCCCACUCGUGCACAUGCACACAGGACAGCAUUGGCCCUCAGGGGCCCCCUGGACCUUCGGUAAAGACACCGUCCAGAUACAUGGACAUUUUCACUUCCUCUUUUCCGUUCAUUCAUCCGGCUGAGCUCAUCCAGCCAACUCCCACCAUUCUGUUGGACAGAACACCACUACUGGAUAUUCUGGCCACUGAGCAAACACAUUCAGACAUGGGAGAGAGUCCCCCAUUCUAUGACAUUCAGACUCUAUUGGAGUUCUUGUGUUGGCUACUUCCACACCACAAAGCUUAUUAUGACAGACAGUUCAUGGCAUUGUGUCUGCCUCUUUUUUUCUUUCCCAGGGUCCUCUUGGGCAACGCGGGUCCUCUGGGUCCCGUCGGACCAAGCGGAGGACGGGGGCCACCAGGAAAGGAGGGACAAUCUGGACCCAGAGGCCCACCAGGGCCCAUGGGAAACCCUGGAAAUCCAGGUGUACCAGGGAUUACUGGGAAACCAGGAAAACAAGGAGAUACAGGAAAUCAAGGACCUGUUGGCAUUAAAGGAGAGAAGGGAGAGAGGGGAGACUUUGCAUCCCAGAGCAUGAUGCGCUCCAUUGCCAGACAAGUCUGUGAACAGUUUGUGAACAGUCAAAUGAGCAGAGUUGACAUGAUGCUCAACCAGAUUCCAUCCGGAUAUCGCACCAACAGUCCGGGGCCAGCUGGUCCUCCUGGUCCUCCUGGUGACUCGGGAUCUCGCGGAGAGCCUGGGCAACCGGGACGUACUGGGUUCCCUGGAAGCCCAGGUUUACCUGGGAAUCUUGGAGAGAGAGGCUUGCCAGGAGAGAAGGGAGAGAGAGGACCUCCAGGAACUGGUAUCAGAGGACAAAGAGGCCCAAAUGGUCCACAAGGGCCACAAGGAGAAUCAAGAACGGGGCCCCCAGGUCCUUCUGGCUCCUCUGGGCCUCGUGGGCCUCCAGGUCGCCAGGGUACUCCCGGGGUGAGGGGACCACCAGGACCCCCUGGAUACUGCGACUCCUCUCAGUGUGUUGGCAUUCCAUACAAUGGACAAGGAUACACAGCCCCCCGCUACCAGCCCGAACCUGAGGUAGUGUCUAUACCCGAGGAGCCAGCUGAAGAGUUUGAAUCAAUACAGUCACGAAACCAACGAGGAAAGAGAUCACUAACGAGAGACAAUACAGAAACUUCAUAGCUACAGUAAAGACUUCUCAGUAAGAUUGAAAUGAUGUGACGACGAUAUUAAGAACGAGUACUUAUAUGGGUUUGAUACCCAUGGUUAUAUUGAAUAUAUAAUUUUUGACGUGAGAAAAGUUGUGCGAGGUGAUUACAAACCUUACGUGUUCACUCAUUACAAACCUGUGUGCUUGCUAAGUGUUACCCUUUCGAGUGUCUGCUUGUAAAAUAACCGCAAGUGUUUAUCAGAUUCCAUUGUGUAAUGCACUAAUCGUGCUAACAGCGGCAAAGGAGAUCAGACCGUGGUUUUCUUGUCUAAUUUCGGUGUAUAAAGCUGUUUUUAGAGACUCCAAAAUUGAUCGAUAAUUUGGACAAUCAAUUUGCUCCCCAAAUACUUGUAAAUUGUGAUGUUGUGUACGGCCUCCAAGGCGAAUGAUAAUCUGACUUAUCGUAACAAAACCAACCUUUUUUUUGUUGUUUUUUUGUUUAUUUUCUUUGUUACCAAAGGUGGAAUUGCAUGUUUGUGUUGUAUAUUUACUGAGGUUUUCCAAGUCAGAAUAUAAAUGUUUCCCAUCAAUGCAGUUUGGAUUCAGUCGCAAGACACACAAUUGCUUUUCUCAUGUUGUAACUGCACAUUUUGUGAAUUCCACGCAGCCUUAUUUUCUUAUUUAUUUCUGAAACAGAAGAGGCAUUUUUCAAUAAAACUACUGAAAAUGUU